AAUCAUUCUCUCUUUUCUCCCUUUUUUUUUUUAUCAUAUAUAAUGUUUUGGAAAAAAAAAGACAAAAAAGAAGAACCUACAAAUCCAUUUGAAUCCAGUAGUCAGCCUAGCUCACCUGCUCCUUCUUAUCACUCAAGGACGGCUAAUCCAUCAUAUGAUAAAAAUAGUGGUUAUGGACAUUUAAAUGAUUCUGAAGGUCAGAGGAAUCAAUUAUUAUCCGGAAGAAAUAAUGAAUAUAAUCAUCGACAACAAGAUGAUAGACAAAGGAACAAUCUCUAUGAUGAGGAAGAUGAAGAGGACAUGGAGGUAACUGGUAUGAAGCAACAAAUUAAAAAUGUGAAACAAGAUUCACUAGCAAGUACUCGACUUGCACUUCAAAAGAUUCAUGAAACUGAAGCAACAGCUGCAAAUACAAUGAAUAUGCUUGGACAGCAAUCGUCUCAAAUAGCAAAUAUCAAUAGACAUUUAGAUUUAUCGAAAGCUUAUUCAGAUAGAGCGUCAAAUCAAGCGGAAGAACUUAAACAACUAAAUCGUUCUAUCUUUAUACCUGUUGUUUCAAACCCUUUUAGAAGAAAAGAAAAGGAACGUAAACAGUUGGCUGCUUUACAAAGGGAUCAAGCUGAACAUAUGACUGAACGAGAUAAUAUCAGACAAUUUGAAUAUGAGUCAAAUGCUCGUAUUCAAGAAGCAGUACGUCAAAAUCAACAGACAACGCAUCGAGGUCCUAGAGGGCGUAGUGAAGCAGACCGUCGUCGUUACCAAUUUGAAGAGGAUUCAGAGGAUGACGCCAUUGAGGAUGAAAUUGACACUAAUUUAGAUUUGUUAGGUGACGCUACUUCUCGGCUCAAAAAUAUGGCAGUAACUAUGAAUAAUGAAUUGGAUAGACAAAAUUCAGAAUUGAAUAAGACAGUUACCAAAGUGGAUCCUUUAACACACAAGUUAAUUGCUACCACAAACAAAUUAAACAGAACAAAUUAAUUCACGUGAUUUUACUUGAUAAUAAACCUUUUACAAUCUUUUUUUUUUUUU